UGAAGCUUGUGGAGUACAGGAGGGUUGAAAAUACGAUUUUGUGUGAUACAGAAUCUUUCUCAGUGCCAAUGACAAUUUAAUGGAUGUCCUAAAGUGCUAAUGACAACACUGUCAGUCUGACAAUAAUUAUCGCGAUGAUCAUGUCAUACUAUGCUUUUGACAUUUUUCAUUAUUUUGGCAUUUUGUGGUAGAUUUGCAAUUGGCGCCGAAAUCAAGAAACACGUUCAAAAUUCUGUGUACCCCUAUGACCUCGACCCGCCAUCAUACAACAUUGAGUCCUGGGUCAAGCAAUUGCAUUUGCAGCAAUGUGCGCUGGUGGAAGUCGGCGACAAAUACUACGCGAUUUUUGUCGAAAGUCGGCCACGACGCUAUGAUCAGGAGAAGGGCAUCAAGGAGUACUUUCUUGGCCUCUGCGAUGACGAUACUCUGAACAAAUGGUCCUUUUGUGCCGCCAGCCUGCAGAGGAAACGUGCUGACGACUGCAAUUUCUACACGAAGAAUAUGUACAACACACGUGUGCAUCGACGUCUCUGCGAUCUCACGCUUUUAGCAUUGAACGCGCCCCAAUGCGACUGCAGCAACGACUUAUCAGACUCGAAGCUCUACAAAGUGCAAGGCUUUCCCACGUGUUUUAAACCUCCGCUUCCGUCGAGUUUAUGCGGUGAUAACAACGUAUGUGGUUUGGCUGGUUGUAGUCCAAGGACAAUUAACAAACGCGUUCAUUCAAUGAAAUGUGAUAGAAAAUGCAACGAAAAUCAACCGUUUUGUGAGCCGUGUGACAAAAAGUCGUCUCUACCACGUCAAAUCAGAUCCUUCUGGACCGAUUGGAGCAAUCCCUAUUGCACAGACUCCAGCUGCAUAUCACAAUUCGACGAAGCGAUAUGCAUAAACCGUGAAACCGGACGCGGCGAUAUUGACUGCCUUGGACCAGGCACCAGUUGUUGUACGCCGGAGCUGCAGAACUGCAAAUGUCACGUAUACGAGGAGGGCGGCGCGACGAAAGUGUUCCGAACAUUCUCUAUUCCACAGCCGGAGAUGGCUGAAUACAUGUCCGAGGAGGAUUUUAUCAACAGCAUUCCUUUGCGGUAUCUGAAAGAGGAGUUCCACAAGUAUCCGGGUUAUUCGCCACGCACCGUACGAUCUAAUUUUGGCCAGACAUUGAAACAGACCCUGCAAAAUAUUUAUGAAAGUUUUCCGUUUAAGUUUGGCAACAUUAAUCAUGCACGUGAGCGUAAGGCUUUAAAGAAAUUCAAAACUGCCGUUCUGAAGGCUUACCUUUGUGAUAGAAAGCAUCAUACAACUGUCACUCCAUCUGCAAUAGAAGAACCAACAACUUAUUUUAUUUCAACUGCUGCUUCAACAAGUAGUAUUGCCACUCAAGAUCAUACAAGUACUGCAUCCACAAAAACAGAUAAUAAUGAUUAUAAUAAUCAUCACACUACAACAAGUGGCAACGCUAACGAAAUUACAAAAUUACAUGGGGAUAACACUAAUAUUGCGGCCACAAAUGCUAUUGCUAAUGAUUAUAUUCAUCAUGAUGCUACAACUAGUGCUAUUGGCAACGGAAUUACCAAAGCUCAUGAAGAUCAUGUAAAUACUCCAUCAGGAAUAUCCGAUAACCUUGAUUAUGAUCAUCAUGACACUUCAACCAGUGGUAUUGCCAAUGGAAUUACAAAAUCACAUGAUGACCAUUCAAAUAUUGCUAACACUGGUAAUUCUCAUGAUAAAGUCACUGUACCUGAAAAAGAAGUAUCAAUUCUCCAUGAAGUCAAUGAUAAUCCUCUGGAUACUUUUUCAUCAAAACCAAUUCUUGAACCUGGUGAAUGUAUUCCAUGCAAACGAUAUUUAAAUAAACCAAGACCCCAUGUUAAUACAAAUGGUAUUCAUCAUAAAUCAAGAAUACACCAAAAACCAUGCAAAUUCGAACAUAAUCAUUUUCUGGAUUUUAUGAGACGUCGAAGUAGAAAGGAGCGAGAUUUAAUUAGAGCGCGUAGACUUCGCGCAUUAUUGAACCAUGUUCCGAUCUAUUCGAAAGUAAAAUCUAAAUUAAAACCAUUUCAUACUAGAUCUGCACUAAAGCAUAACACACCACUAAAGAAGAUUUUCAAUAAUAAAAAUUUAGUUCAGUAUAAUCCAAAACCGCCAGAGGAUGAAGAGAAAGAUCCGUUGGAUAUGGACCAAGAUGACCCAGAUAUUUUUAUUAAAGGUAUAGACAACAAAACACUGGAUACUAAAAGAUCGGCAAACAUGGAAAGCACACUAAAGAAGAAACUAUCAUUUGACCUUAUUUUUGAUGACACCAAAAUACCGCAUGAUGAUUAUUCACGAGAUCCUCCUGGAGAUUAUUACAGGAUUCCUGUUAAACGGCAUUACGCUAACAAUAAAAAAAAUACUUUUAAGAUAGGACCCCGUCGGUAUAUCCACUUUAAAAAAUAUAAAGAAACCGAAGACAUGGACCCACAUCUCGAAAAACAUUUUUAUGCACGACCACGAACUAAUAUUAGACCUAGUGAACCCAUUCCUCAAUUCGGUGAUGUUGUUACUAAAGUUACAACUGAAAGUACAACUACAAUAAGGAAACAAACGUUGCAUGCCGAAAUGGAUGAUGAAGACUUCAUUACCGACGAAAACGGUCUUUUGUGGUCUGAGAAAAAAGAUGACGAUAACAAAGUAAAGGAAUCAUCAGCAGAAGCAUUCUUAUAUAAUUUUAAUGACAUAGAAAAAUUCCAUUUGAAACGAGAAGAAGACAAAAUGGAACCAGCAAUCACCUUAAUGAAAUUUUAUUCAACAAAUGCAGAAGAUUCCAAUUUAGAAGACACACAAUAUCUUGGAACAACAGUUGUCACAGCUGCUGAUAAUGGUUGCACUGAUCAUAUACUUGAAAAUGUCCACACCGUCAGGGAAGACGAUAACGAGGAUGCCAUGGAACUAGAAGAUCGUUUAGAUAUAGACUUAGAUGGUCCAAAUUCUGAUGAAAUCAUCUCAAGGAAAAAAAUAGUUAAUGAUUUCGUAAAUGUGGAAAACUCUAACAAAAAUCACUUGAAUUGUUUAUCUUUAUUGGAAACAAAAAGUAAAAAUCCACGAUAUAUCAACCACAACUAUUUUGAAGAUGAAGAUGAACGUUUGCGGUUGAUACAAACACCAAAUUCAAUUGACAUGCAAAAUAAACUACCUGAUGUAUUUGAGGAUGAAGAUCUUUCAAAACCCGUAACAGAGAAGAAAACUGUGCCUAAUACCUCUACUGAAUGUGAAGUUGAACCUGUUAAUACUGAAGAUCAGUUGGAGGAGACGCCAGCCAAGCUACGUCCGGAUAUGCCUCGUAAACGAUUUGCUAAGGUCACAUCCGAAGAGAUUUCGGACGACGAUGGAGACACAGAAUACGAUGACGAUGACGACGUGGCGUUGGAGUACGACGAAGAUGAAAAAGAGGAAAAAGUAACCACGACAGAGCGAACACUGGAACGUGGCGAGGACAAAAGCGUGAAUGUCAAAGUGGAAAGCGAGCAGGUUGAUGCAAUGAGCAGGAGUGAAGCGAAUUCUUCCUCAGACAAUUCGAAGGAUGAAAUGUCAGGAAAGAGCAACUCGAAUAGUUUUAUUUUCAAUAAUGUAUACUUAGAUUUAUUAGGUUUUAUAUUCGUAUUAUUAUACUAGUUUAUACUCGUAAAU